AUGCUUCAGCCGGCCCAUCAUGCUUCAGCUGGCCCAUCAGGCUCCCACACCUCAGCCAGAUCGCCAGGUUCCAAAGCCUCUGCCGGCUCGUCGGGCUUCUACGCCCCAGCCGGCUUGUCCAGCGCCCAUGCCUCAGCCGGCUCAUCAGGCUCGCCAAGUUGGCUCGGCAGACGUCCACCCCACGUCAUGCUUCAGCCGGCCCAUCAUGCUUCAGCUGGCCCAUCAGGCUCCCACACCUCAGCCAGAUCGCCAGGUUCCAAAGCCUCUGCCGGCUCGUCGGGCUUCUACGCCCCAGCCGGCUUGUCCAGCGCCCAUGCCUCAGCCGGCUCAUCAGGCUCGCCAAGGCACGACAGCGACUCUUCAGCCUCGUGA